UUACGUCACAGUGCUGCAAGCCUGCAGGCUUAUAAGGAGACAGACACGCACACUCGAUAGUGUCCUCCUUGAGAUCAACAGCGCCACCACCACCAGAGAAGCACAGUAGAGAUGAGACUUUACCUUGCAUUAGCCGUGCUCCUGCUAGCACUGGUUGCAUACACUGAGGCUCAGGAUGAUACAAUGCAGCAGAAGUUCGCCAAUGUCGGUGAUCAGCUAUCCGAGUUCGGCCAAACCAUUGCCGAGAAGACCAAGACAGCCUUCCAGACAAUUCAAGACAGCGAUUUUGCCGUCGCUACUCGGGACUUUUUUAAGAAUGGCUUCGAGAAGCUGAAGAAACAGAUGCAGGACAUCAGCAACCCCUGAAGUAUACAGCCCUGCCUCACAACCUGUUCAAAUGGUUACAUGACUCUUAUUGUGCUACAAGUGCAAGACCACAGGAGAAAAGGGGGCAAAAAGGAAAAUCAGUGUUAGCGUGCCGGGCGGGUACAAGUCCAUUUAACGAUUGUGUACACCAAAAAAAUGUGAAUACAAUAAAUAACCUCCCUUGGUCUCAAA